CUCCGCUUUACUCAUCCCACCAUGAUCGCCGAAGCCGGCCCCAGCGACAGCGGGCCAUAUGUGCCACGCGCACCGCUCGUUAACCAGAUCGAUGCCGAGGAGCUCGACGAUGGCAUUGCCCAGCUGCUCGGCGAUGGCGUUGAGCGCGCCUUUUCCCGCUUUCAUCCAUCAAUAGGACCGGACGCAAAGCCCGAGAUCGAGCUGUUCCUCAAGCUCGCCGUGUUUGCAGCCGGCGUGCUCGGACCCACAACAGCUAGCCCAGGCCUCGCCCUCUCAAACCUCCGCUUAGCUAGCGGCGGCACACGGCCAUCUCGAAACAAACUGCUUCUCUAUAUCCUUCUUCACCCCCCUUUGCUCCCACGGUAUUUGCUCACGCGUGCGCGCGCAACAGCCCUGUCGCGACAGUGGCCAGACCUCCCCUCCCACGACAUCCGGCGUAAGCUGUGGCGCCUCAUCACCCGCAUCGAAGCGCUAGCGCAGGCAUGGGAGCUUGCCGGCUGGGGCUGGUUCCUCUGGGACGGGCACUACCCGUCUCUCCUGAUGCGUAUCCUCAAAAUACGCCUCGUCCCCGACGCGCCACAUCUCGCGCGCAUGGUGUCUUACGAAUUUAUGAACCGCCAGCUGGUGUGGGGAGUCAUGACAGAGUUCCUCAUGUUCGCGCUUCCGCGCAUCCCGAGCCUUCCGGCCAUCGUUAACCCCGGCACAGUGCUGGGGCCCGUGAAGGCGUUCCUGAACCAGCCGACGACGAUCGAUUACGAUGCGCUCUCCGCGGCGCAGGGGAGCAUCUCCGCAGCCAAGGCGGCGGGCGUGGCCGCCCCGAGUGCGGCACACGCCGGCGUCUGCGCCGGUAUCCCGCAGCAGACGUGCCCCGUGUGCUACUUGCGACGCACGAGCGCCCCGGUCGCAUUGAGCGGAACGGACAUCGAGCUGCCGCCACUCGAGGACGCCGACCCCGAGGCCGACCCCGAAGACCGCAUCUUCCUCCCCGCCCAGACCGACUGCUGGGGCGGCUGUAGCUACUGCUACUACUGCAUAGCGGACGAACUGGCCCAGUUCGCACACGAGCACCCGGACAAGGACGCCAAGUGGCAGUGUCUCCGAUGUGGGGGGAGCGUGUCGAAGGCAAGGCGCGUCGGCGCCGAGCCUGGUGCUCUGCAACGACCAGAGGAGAGCGACGAGAGCAGCGAGGAGAGCCAGAAGAGCGAGAAGGGCGGCACCACCGAGGGUAGGACACUGGGACAUGCGCCAGGCCCCGAGGACUCGUGGGUGGCUGUGUGAUAGAGCUAGAUGCAACAUCUGGUGGAGAGAGAA